AUGUCCAACUGGAAGAACGUCAACAACUGGCAUUGGGUCAAUAAGAACUGCUUGAAAUGGGCUCAAGCAUGGUUCUCGGAGCAAUUGGUGGGUCUUGAAGCCGAGAAAGAUGGCAACAAGGCUCGUAUCUCCAAAAUGGUAGAUUGCUCUGGUGAUGUUGAUUUGAACCAAAGAAAGGGGAAGAUCAUUACCAUUUACGAUGUCGUUUUGAAGCUCAAUUGGGAAGGUACUCUUGCUGAUGGCACUGACGUUACCGGAUCUAUCAACAUCCCCGAAAUUGCUCAUGAUACUGAUUCGGAUGACUAUGUAUUUGAGAUUUCCAUCAACGAUGAUAACAAUGCCAAAUCCGUCAUCAAGCCUGUCAUUCGUAAGGAACUUACUCCUCUUUUAAUCAAGAAGUUUGAGGCAUUCUCUGCUGCCAUGAUCAAGGAAAACUGCGAGGAUGUCUAUAUUGAAUCUGGAAAGAUGGGACAAGCUACACCUCCUCGUUUAGCUAGCCCUGCUGCUGCUCAUGCCACGACUGCCAGCAACACUACUUGCACCAGCACAUCUGCUCCUGCACCCAGCGCCACACCCAAGAAAGUCAACACGACCAGCUUGAGCGACAAAGAGGAAUUCCAGACAUCAGCACAUGAAUUGUACGAAACCCUGACAGAUGCUCAACGUGCUUCUAUUUGGACCCGUGGCCAUGUAAAGUUAACACAGCAAGUUGGAUCUACAUACGAAUUCUUCAACGGCAAUGUCACUGGUGAAAUGUUGGAAUUGAUCCCUGACAAGAAGAUUGUGCAAACCUGGCGUUUGAGAUCAUGGCCUGCUGAGCAUUAUUCAAAGGUGACAAUGGAAUUAGAGCAAGGCAGUGAUUCUGUUACACUCAAGAUUUCACAAACUGGCAUCCCUGUGGGCGAGGAAGAGAUUGUUCAAAAGAAUUGGUCUGGUUAUUAUUGGAGAGCUAUCAAGGGUUCUUUUGGUUAUGGUGCUAAUUUUUAA